AUUCCGUGCGGUUAAACGAAUACAUAUCUCAUUAUGAAACAUUAAAUUAUGAUCAUCAGCAUAUUAGAGCUAGUCACCACAGAGCACGACGAUCAGUGACCAAAGAUCAUUAUGUACAUUUAAAAUUUCAAGCGCAUGGAAGAGACUUCCAUCUUAGAUUAAAACGUGAUCUAUAUACAUUUAGUGAUAAGUUAGAGAUAAUUGAUAACAAUAAUGGUCCUUUAGAUGUGGCCACCGAUCACAUCUACGAUGGGCAAGUGAUAGGUGACCGUAAUAGUUAUGUAUUCGGUUCCAUAUUGGAUGGUGUAUUUGAGGGUAAAAUUAUAACGGAACGUGAUGCCUAUUAUGUGGAACAUGCCAAACGUUAUUUCCCACAGAAUUUUACACAAGUCCAACAUAAACCUCAAUGGGAAUCCAUGGCAUUGCAUAGCAGCAACAGUAGCAGCACCAGUAGUAGUAAUAGUAGUGGCAGCGGUACUGACAACAUACAAGAUGGUUUAAAUAGUAAUAAUAAAGCAACAACAACCAACACGUCUUCAGCUUCUGCUACUAAAAAAUCGAUAUCCGACCAUCAUGACGACGUUAUUAAAACUAUAGGUUUUCAUUCGGUUAUAUAUAAAGACGCACAUGUCGAUGAUAUGUAUCAGCAAAAACGGGAGGAAGGUGAGUAAAUUUGCAAUUGUUAAAAAAAAAAAAAAAGAAAAGAAAAUAUAUUUAGUUUA